CGUGAGACUGAGUAGAGCCGGAGAGGAAGGAGGAGAAGAAGAAUCAAACAUUGCCUAGGACCCGUUUAUAACGGGCGGUGGAUAAUAAAACACAAUUGGUUAAGUUGGUCGCUUCUAGUGCUGACAUAAUAAUUCAUAAUGCCGAGCAAAAAGAAGAAAUACAACGCCAGGUUUCCUCCGGCAAGGAUUAAGAAGAUUAUGCAAACAGAUGAAGAAAUAGGGAAAGUUGCUGCAGCAGUUCCUGUCAUAAUCUCACGGGCACUUGAACUAUUCCUGGAGUCUCUUCUGACAAAGGCAUGCCACGUUACCCAGUCACGGAAUGCCAAGACCAUGACAACCUCACAUUUAAAACAGUGCAUCGAGCUAGAGCAGCAGUUUGACUUCCUGAAGGAUCUAGUAGCAGCAGUGCCAGACAUGCAGGGAGACGGAGAUGAGAACCACACAGAGGGGACAGAGAAGAUCCCCCGCAGGGGCCGGAAGCCUGGUACAGGCCGGAAGAAUGGAGGAGCAGGUGCCAAGGGCAAAGACAAGAAGCAGUCGGGCACAGAGUCCGAGCAGGAGGAUGAUUCUGAAGACAGUGAAACAGAAGGAGAAGACGAGGACAUCUCUCAGACUAACCCUUACCUACAGGCCACCUCCAACCUUCACAGCCAAGACAUGUCCCAUCAGUAUAUGCCUUUGCCCAUGGCUACAUCUCAUGGUGCCCUGUCCAUGUCUAUCAGCUCUCUUGCCCCUCAUCCGUCAGUUAUGGGGAUCGUCCCGCCCCCUCCCGCCCCCCUGCCGCACAAGGACGAACACGACGAGGAAGACUACGACUCUUAGCUCCGCCCCCCACCCAGCCCAAGCCCACCCUCGUCGACCAUUUUACAUUAAUUUUCUUAAGUUGUUCUUAUUUGGCUGCAAAAAUGCAGAGAUGGAAACUGAAGAGAAGAGAACAGAGACAAAACGUCCAGAGAGGAAAGGGCGUGGCCAAUUCUGCAGCCACAGUGCAAGAAAGAUGGCGACUAGGUUGUAUAUUAGCUACGUGUUUUAAUUUUUUUUACAAAACUUCUUAUUUUAUUGUUGAGGAAAGAUUAAAACCAUACAACAUAUCCAGGCUGUUUUUUAAAACAAAAAAAUUGCUUCUUUGGCUCAUCUGAGAAUUUUGUUUUCUAGAUUUUAUUUUUUGUUUGUUUGUUUGUUUUUUUGUAUUUUAAUUGGCCCCCAAGAAAGGACAUUUUUGUUGGUUUUAGAUGAUUCCUUGUUUUGUUUUUUGUACUUCAGUUUCUCUGUCCUCUUAGGUUGCUGGUCUUUUUCUUUUUUUUUCUUUUCUUUUUUCUUUUCUUUUUUUUUCCUCUCCCCGUUCUACUGUUACGUGAACAUACUGCUCAUUUCGUCUCGACUCAGGGUGUGAUGAACUUUCAUAUUGUAAGUCCUCGCUUGUUCAAAGGAAAGAUGUAACCUACUCUGUGACAGCAAGAAGAAGGAUGUUCCUCCCACAGUCAUUGACUUAGACACCCUCGUUCACCCACUCAUACACGCACCUAAAGGUUGACUGUUCCUCCGCUAGGAAAUGUGGCUUAAACAGAAGAGGCUGUUCUUUCGGACUAGUCUGUAGCGUUUCCGAAUUGGCUAAGGCAGAAUGGGACGUUUGGCAUUUUGAAGCCCAGCAUUUGUGUUAAUGGGCAAUUAAAGUGUACUUUUUUUCCUUACAAAGGAAAGAGUUCUUUGUUUUUAACCCAUUUUAAAUGUUAUUUUAAAUUCUGUUUAAAGAAGAAGAAAACAUUUACAUGAUCAGAAAUAUGAACCAGUCCAAAGUGAGCUUUCAGAUCUUUCAGUUUAAACAAAGAUCAGCAUUUAUCGGAUUUUUAAAAACGACACGACAGUUAAGCUUUCUUUACAUAGAUGAGUUUCCCCAUGUUUAUAAACUAAAAGCUGACAGACUGAGCAGGCUUGCUCUUGAACCAUUACUUUUUAGACAACAAACAUGCACACAUUCAUCUUUCAUAUACGAUAGUAAUGCACAAACAUACAGAUUCAUUAACACCCCCCCCC